AUGCAAUUUUUGGGGGUCUCUGGAAGCAGAAAGGUCAUGCAGCUUGGAACCGGUGAGACAUUACAGUCUCUAAGUCAUCAGAGAAAUGAUGAAGAAGCUGUUGUGGAUAGAGGUGGAACUCGCUCCAUUCUCAAAACACACUUUGAAAAGGAAGAUCUAGAAGGCCACCGAACAUUGUUCAUUGGGGUUCACGUGCCACUGGGUGGAAGAAAAAGUCACCGACGCCAUAGACACCGUGGACAUAAACACAGAAAGAGAGACAGAGAGCGAGAUUCAGGAUUAGAAGAUGGGAGAGAGUCUCCUCCUUUUGAUACCCCAUCACAGAGGGUGCAAUUUAUUCUUGGAACAGAAGAUGAUGAUGAGGAACACAUUCCUCAUGAUCUCUUUACCGAGCUUGAUGAAAUUUGUUGGCGUGAAGGAGAGGAUGCAGAGUGGAGGGAGACAGCAAGGUGGCUGAAGUUUGAAGAAGAUGUUGAGGAUGGUGGAGAGAGGUGGAGCAAACCGUAUGUUGCCACACUGUCACUGCAUAGCUUGUUUGAGCUGAGAAGCUGUAUCCUGAAUGGCACAGUUCUUCUGGACAUGAGAGCUAAUUCUAUUGAAGAAAUUGCAGAUAUGAUUCUGGACCAGCAGGUCGGUUCUGGGCAGCUCAGUGAGGAUGUUCGUCACCGAGUACAUGAGGCACUACUGAAACAGCAUCACCAUCAGAACCAGAAGAAGCUGAGCAACAGGAUUCCAAUUGUAAGAUCCUUUGCUGAUAUUGGAAAGAAGCAGUCUGAGCCCCAUUCCAUGGAUAAAAACGCAGGUCAGAUUGUUUCUCCACAGUCUGCUCCAGCUUGUACUGAAAACAAAAAUGAUGUGAGCCGAGAAAACAGCACUGUUGACUUCAGCAAAGUUGACCUACACUUCAUGAAAAAGAUACCACCUGGAGCUGAAGCAUCAAACAUCUUGGUUGGUGAACUGGAGUUCCUGGAUCGUGCAGUUGUUGCUUUUGUGAGGUUAUCUCCUGCAGUGCUGCUCACGGGAGUAGCUGAAGUUCCGAUUCCAACAAGAUUUUUGUUUAUUCUUCUUGGACCACUGGGUAAAGGGCAACAGUAUCAUGAGAUUGGAAGAUCAAUUGCAACACUGAUGACAGAUGAGGUGUUCCAUGAUGUUGCUUACAAAGCAAAAGACCGCAAUGAUUUGGUGUCUGGAAUUGAUGAGUUUCUGGAUCAGGUUACUGUUCUGCCUCCUGGAGAGUGGGACCCAACAAUUCGAAUAGAACCACCUAAGAAUGUUCCCUCCCAGGAGAAGCGUAAGAUCCCGGGAGUGCCAAAUGGGACUGCAGCCCAUGGGGAGUCAGAACAACCUGGAGGACACUCCGGACCAGAACUGCAGCGCACUGGAAAAUUUUUUGGAGGCUUGAUUUUAGAUAUAAAAAGGAAAGCUCCCUUCUUCUGGAGUGACUUCAGGGAUGCUCUCAGUCUGCAGUGUCUGGCAUCAUUUUUGUUUCUCUACUGUGCUUGCAUGUCUCCUGUCAUCACAUUUGGUGGUCUGCUGGGAGAAGCAACUGAAGGUCGUAUAAGUGCAAUAGAAUCUCUGUUCGGAGCAUCCAUGACUGGAAUUGCCUACUCUCUCUUUGGUGGACAGCCUCUCACUAUACUUGGCAGCACAGGACCAGUUUUAGUGUUUGAGAAGAUCUUAUUCAAAUUUUGCAAAGAGUAUGAGUUGUCGUACCUUUCUCUGAGAGCCAGCAUUGGACUGUGGACUGCAAUCCUGUGCAUCAUCCUUGUUGCAACUGAUGCCAGCUCCUUAGUCUGUUACAUUACCCGGUUUACUGAAGAAGCUUUUGCUUCUCUUAUCUGCAUCAUUUUCAUUUAUGAGGCCUUAGAGAAGCUAUUUCAUCUCAGUGAGACAUAUCCAAUCAACAUGCAUAAUGACUUGGAUCUGCUGACAAAGUACUCAUGUGAUUGUGUGGAACCAGAACAUCCCAGCAAUAAAACCUUACAGUACUGGCAGGACUACAAUAUAUCUGCAUCUGAUGUGCCAUGGGGGAACCUAACUGUGUCAGAAUGUAAAAAGUUUCACGGAGAGUUUGUCGGACGAGCCUGUGGUCAUCAUGGCCCUUAUGUUCCAGAUGUCCUCUUCUGGUCUGUCAUCUUAUUCUUUUCUACUGUAACACUGUCAUCCACACUGAAGCAGUUCAAAACCAGCCGAUACUUCCCAACAAAGGUACGAUCCGUUGUCAGCGAUUUUGCUGUCUUUCUCACUAUUUUGUCCAUGGUUUUAAUUGACUAUGCCAUUGGGAUUCCAUCACCAAAACUUCAGGUUCCAAAUGCUUUCAAGCCCACCAGAGAUGAUCGCGGCUGGUUUAUUACUCCUUUGGGGCCUAAUCCUUGGUGGACAGUGAUAGCUGCUAUAAUUCCAGCCCUGCUUUGUACUAUCCUUAUCUUUAUGGACCAGCAGAUCACAGCUGUCAUUAUCAAUAGAAAAGAACACAAACUAAAGAAAGGAUGUGGAUACCAUCUUGACCUACUCAUGGUGGCAGUCAUGCUCGGAGUGUGCUCUAUUAUGGGAUUGCCAUGGUUUGUUGCAGCAACUGUCCUCUCUAUUUCCCAUGUGAACAGCUUGAAACUGGAAUCAGAAUGCUCUGCUCCAGGGGAGCAACCAAAAUUUCUUGGAAUUCGGGAGCAAAGAGUCACAGGGCUCAUGAUUUUUAUUCUUAUGGGCUCAUCUGUCUUUUUGACAAGUGUCCUGAAGUUUAUUCCUAUGCCAGUACUUUAUGGGGUAUUUCUUUACAUGGGUGCUUCAUCUCUAAAGGGAAUUCAGCUUUUUGACAGGAUAAAGUUAUUCUGGAUGCCUGCAAAACACCAGCCAGAUUUUAUUUAUCUGAGGCAUGUUCCUCUUAGAAAGGUUCAUCUCUUCACUGUAAUUCAGCUAAGUUGUCUUGUGCUUCUGUGGAUUAUAAAGGUUUCAAGAGCUGCCAUUGUCUUUCCUAUGAUGGUCCUAGCUUUGGUAUUUGUCCGGAAACUCAUGGAUUUCUUUUUCACUAAGCGGGAGCUCAGUUGGCUAGAUGAUUUGAUGCCUGAGAGCAAGAAAAAGAAACUGGAAGAUGCUGAGAAAGAGGAAGAGCAAAGUAUGUUAGCAAUGGAAGAGGAAGGGACUGUUCAGUUGCCACUAGAAGGACAUUACAGAGAUGACCCAUCUGUGAUAAACAUUUCGGAUGAAAUGGCAAAAACUGCUGUGUGGAAGACACUGUUGAUAUCCUCGGAGAAUGCAAAAGAUAAGGAGUCAAGCUUUCCUUCUAAAAGUGCUGAAAUCAGAAAAGAGAAGAAAGCUGACUCAGGGAAACGUAUUGACCGGGAGACUUGUCUAUGA